AUGUCCAUCGAACAGUCCCUUCCUCCGACUAAUGAGCGUCGCAACUCGUUAGAGAAACACCUCCAAACCCGUCCAGAUAUGCAGGACCUCAAGAACCGCCACAUCUUGCUGGACACCAAUGUAGCUCCAGCACUUCAAUCUGCCCGCCAGGAGCUCGAUCGCCAGCGUGCUUCAGACAGUCUGAAGAAGAACCUGGAGAAGAGACCUGAGAAGGACCAGUUGGUUGAACGUAAUAUCCUCCCCGCAACCUCCGCAGCCCCAGCGUUGCAGGCCCACGCCCUUGAACUCAAGAAGCAUAUGCUGGCCGAUAACCUCGAGCAUAAGAUUCAGAACAGACCGCAGCCUGAAGAACUGAUCUCCCAGGGUAUUCUCUCCGAAGAUGAGAACCCACGCUCUCCUGUCUGA